CUUCAUGAUAAAGAGAGACUUGAGAAAUGGUUGCAAAAUAUGAAACGAGAUGCAUGGACUACAAGUAAGCACCAGCUUCUCUGCAGUGAUCAUUUCACUCCUGAUUCCCUGGAUGUGUGAUGGGGUAUACGAUACUUGAAACAUACAGCUGUACCAACCAUUUUUUCAUCCCCAGAUGAUGAGAUAACAUAUUCCUAUCUGUUUUUAUUGCCUUCAGCACUGAAGUUUCAUAUAAGAUCAAAUUACAAUAUCAUUCUUGAUAAUUCAUCUAUGCAUCAUAUACAUCAGCCUAACCCUGCUUUAAUGGCAGCAGCAGUGCAGAGCAUGAAAGCUACCAGUGUUCAUGCUUCUGUAGAGGAUCCAGCAGGUUGUACAGUCUUGCAGUUUACAGAUGCUGACUAUUUGAAUUCAUCUCUGAAGCUGAACAAUGCUUUAGGUUCAAUUACUGACUGUACAGCUGAAAAUCCUAACUCUCAUGUUUUAGGCUGUUCUGUUGAAGUACAGCCAACAAGUGAAAAUACAGUUCUACUGAGUACAGUCACACAAGCUAUGGAACAGUUCAGUGGAAGCAAGGAAUCCAUCAUUGCUAUCAGUGAGAGUCUAGAAGAGCCUGAAAUAGUUAACAGUUCUUUCUUGCCUAUUUAGCAAGAGUUUCUUGACACAGAGGUGACAGAAACAGAUACAUAUGUUAAUAUGAACAAAUAUGGUGGAAGCGGAAUUUUACAAACCGAACAUUCAUACUGCAAACAAGACGUAGACAGAGAUCACCUUUGGCAAAAAAUUUCAAAGCUCCACUCUAAGAUCCCUCUACUUGAAAUGCAGGAGAUAAAAACUUUGGGGAGACUCAGAUCUUUAGAAGCUCUUAUUGGACAAAUGAUGCAAGAAAACCUGCUUUCUGAAGAAAAGCUAAAGAUAGUAGAAAACUGUUUUACAAUACUUGAAGUGACUAUGAUACAGUAA